UGCAGAGGACACAUGGAGGAAGCAAACCAAACUGGGAUGAUCCACUUCCACUUCCGCCCCUUCUCCCGACUCCCCGAGGUGCAGGUGCUGAUUUUCGUGACCUUUCUCGGGAUGUACCUGGUCAGCAUCACUGGCAACCUCUCCAUUUUCCUCACCAUCUGGAUGAACCGCUGUCUCCACACCCCCAUGUACUUCUUCCUGGCAAACCUGGCAGCUCUGGAGGUCUUCUACUCCUCCACCAUCGCCCCUCUGACCCUGGCCAGCGUCCUGUCCACAGAGAGCACCCUCAUCUCCCUGCCAGGCUGCGGCACCCAGAUGUUCUUCUUCAUCUUCCUGGGCAGCGCGGACUGCAUUCUGCUGGCCGUCAUGGCCUAUGACCGGUUUGUGGCCAUCUGUCACCCUCUGCGCUACACCCUCAUCAUGAGCUGGCGCGUGUGUGUGCAGCUGGCCGUGGGGUCCCUCGUGCUGGGGUUCGCCUUGGCCCUGCAGCUGACUGUGCUCAUCUUCCGGCUGCCCUUCUGCAGCAGCAAGGAGAUCAGCCUGUUCUACUGCGACGUCCUCCCUGUCAUGAGGCUGGCCUGUGCCGACACCCACGUCCACGAGGUCACCCUGUUUGCGGUCAGUGUCAUUGUGCUCACCAUCCCCUCCCUGCUCAUCACCCUGUCCUAUGUCUUCAUUGUGGCUGCCAUCCUGAAGAUGCGCUGUGCAGAGGGGAGGCACAAGGCCUUCUCCACCUGCUCCUCCCACCUGACUGUGGUCCUCCUGCAGUAUGGGUGCACAAGUGUCAUCUACCUGUGCCCCAGCUCCAGGUACUCUCCAGACAGGGGCCAGGUGGUGUCUGUGGUUUACACAUUUGUCACCCCUGUGCUGAACCCCUUGAUCUACAGCAUGAGGAGCAGGGAGCUUAAGGAGGCUUUGAAGAGAGCAAUGAUGAGGUUCCUUGUGCUCUAGCACAGUGAGCACUCUGACUGUUCUUCCCCAAAACCUCCCAGGGAAGAUUGACAGGUGACCAGCACCCCGGCAGGGAAGAUUCCUGCUGAGGAGGCAGGAGCUGCCUGGGAAAUAAAAAAUCUGAAAUAGUUAGUAAGAAAUAAAGACAGAGCCAGAAAUUAGAUUCAAAGAGGAGUGCCUGAUGGGUCCUCCAGUCCUGAUGGGAGAUGGAACUGAACAACUAAAAAAAGGUUCUGAUUACUUAAGGGGGAGUACAUCAAAGGCAGGGAGAAGGUUUCAGGGGGAGGAGUCUUGGCUAGGUGAUUGCUUUCCCGUUGGCAGGGGUCUUGCUGUAAAAAGGUUGAUUGGCAUUUGGCAAGCCACACCCAUCUCUGGGAGGCUCCAUGGGGGCACUCCCAUCUCCUGGGCUAUGCAAGAAUUUGAGCUGGAGCUAGGCAGGAUGCUACAUGAACCAGGCAUUCUCAAACCAGCAGGAUUCCUACUGGGAGUUCCUGAUACCAGGCUUUCCUGCCUAAUGGCUUCAACAUAGCUUUAGUUCAUGCACAGUUCACCAUGGCUUCCCGCAGAAGACCACAAGUCAACUGCAAGAGGAGGAGAUGGGGGCUGACGGGGCAAUGGUUUCAUACUGUUAGGCUUCCUGAUUGCAGUACUUUGAAAUAUCAUUUUUUUUUUUUGUCGCCUUCAGUUUCUUCAUCUCCAGAAUGAGGACUAAUAACCUCCCGGUAUGUAGCUAUGUUAGGAGAAUCCCCAGAUACAUUAAGUGAAAAUACUUCAUAACUUUUAAAGGGAGAGAUUGCAGUGAAUGUGGUUAUUACCACCCCAUAUAAAAUCUUGUCCUUUUUUGGACUUAUCUCCUGUUGUGGUACUCAGGUUCUCAGCAAUCUCAAACACACACUUUUUGAAAAUUUAUUUAUUUUUAUUUACUCUAAUUUGUUAUAUAUGACCACAGAAUGCAUUAAUAUUCAUAGUACACAUAUAGUGCACUUUUUUUUUUAUAUCUCUGAUUGUAUACCAAGUAGAGUUACACUAUUCGUGUCUUCAUACAUGUACUUGCAAAUUGGUGCAGCCAAUAUGGAAAGCAAUAUGGAGGUUUCUUGGAAAAUUGGGAAUGGAACCACCAUUUGACCCAGCUGUCUCUCUCCUCACUCUAAAACAGCAUACUACAGGGACACAGCUAUAUCAAUAUUUUAUAGCAGCACAAUUCACAAUAGCUAAACUGUGGAACCAACCUAGAUGCCCUUCAGUAGAUGAAUGGAUAAAGAAACUGUGUUACAUAUACACAAUGGAAUAUUACUCAGCAAUAAAAGAGAAUAAAAUCAUGGCAUUUGCAGGUAAAUUGAUGGAGUUGGAGAAUAUAAUGCUAAGUAAAGUUAGCCAAUCCCCAAAAAACCAAAUGCUGAAUG